UCUCGCGUCCGGCCCUCCCCGGCAGCGCCGCCUCGCGGGUGUCGGCGUAGGCGCGGCCAUGGCGGUGACGGGCAGUACGGAGGGCGCGGGCGAAAGCUUCGCGCUGUGGGCCGAGGUACGGGCGCUGCUGCCCCACACCGAGGAGGGGCUGACCUUGGCGCUCAGCGGCGAGGUGGAGGACUGCGUCCUGCCGCUGCUGCGGCGGGCCCGCGCGCUUCUCUACGGUGCGGCGGGCCGGCCUGGGGCCGAAGCGGCAGCGGGGCUGGAGCGCUUCAGCGACGUCCUGCGCGACUACUCCUGGGAGAAGCUGAACGCGGGGCCAUGGAGGGAGGUCGGCAAGGGCUGGCGCCAGGUCUACGCCUACGGCUGCCUCUUCGGGGCGCUGGCCGAGGUGGCCGCGGGCCGCCCGCUCGCGCGCGCCGUGCGGUUCUGCGACCUGGGGCUGCUCAUGGGCGCAGCCGUCCUGGACAACGUCCUGGCGCGCCUGGUGCGCGCGCUGCAGCCGCACCUGCCCCGCGCGGCGCCGCGCGCCGGAGCCCGCGCUGAGAGGGGCCGCCUGCAGCCGCCGCCCCCCGCGCUGCGGCCGGAGGAGGCGAUUCCGCACCUUCACUGUCCUUCGCUGGAGCACUUCAGAGACAACUACCUCAUUCCCCAGCGGCCCGUGGUCCUGGAGGGCGUCAUGGACCACUGGCCGUGUAUGAAGAAGUGGAGUGUGGACUAUUUCUGUCAAGUCGCAGGGUGCCGCACCGUCCCUGUGGAGUUGGGUGCUCGGUACACAGAUGAGGAAUGGUCUCAGCAGCUCAUGACUGUCAGUGACUUCAUCAGCCAGUAUAUCAUGGAUGAGAACAAUGUAGGCUACCUUGCCCAGCACCAGCUUUUUGAUCAGAUCCCAGAAUUAAAAGAAGAUAUCAGUAUCCCUGACUACUGCUGCUUGGGGGAAGGGGAAGAAGAUGACAUCACCAUUAAUGCUUGGUUUGGUCCAGGAGGCACAAUCUCACCUCUUCAUCAGGAUCCCCAGCAAAAUUUUUUAGCCCAGGUAUUUGGAAGAAAGUAUAUCCGUCUCUAUUCUCCACAAGAUUCAGAAAACCUGUACCCCCAUGAAAGCCAAAUUCUUCACAACACUAGUCAGGUUGAUGUGGAAGAUCCAGACUUGGUCAAGUUUCCAAAUUUCACAAAGGCUGCGUUUCAGUCCUGCAUUCUGAUGCCUGGACAGAUUCUGUUUAUUCCAGUUAAAUACUGGCAUUACGUGCGAUCACUUGAGCUCAGUUUCUCUGUUAGUUUCUGGUGGUCAUAGCUCUGAAAUGUACUCAGCUGCACUGAAACUGAAUUAAAAAUCAGGGAAGUAGCAUCUCUCUCUCAGGAGAGGUUAGAGAUGGAGCAAAACCAAAAACCAACAAACCCUUGUUAAAGCAUGGAGAAGUAGUAACAAUGGGCAAGUAGAAAGAUGAUGGUGUAGCUGCUUUAUUUUUGCAGAUGUUUCUAGUAACUCCUAAAGAGUGUACGUUAGGUCAUUGUCCUGUGUGUGCACCCCUCAGAAAUAGCCUGUGUACAGGGACAGCCAGGGCUCUACCUGAGCCUCUGUCUGGAAAACCAGGUGAGUGUUACCUUCCACUUGGACUUAGUAACACUAAACCCUGGAGUUGGCUAGAGAGGUGGUGCUACCUAAAGGUUCAAUCCAUUAAAAAAUUCAGCUAAUACCAAGGAAAGUCUCCUGCAUGGAGGAAGUCAGUGUCCUGGUUCUGGCCAGGAUAGGGUUAAUUUUUGCAGUAGCCAGGAGGGAUAUGGCCCAGAUCCAGAGGUUACUCUGUACCACCUUAGGCUGCCACUGGGGCGGGCAGGGGCUCCUUGUUCUCCUAGUGAUUGAAUCUGUGUGUGAAUCCUUCUGUAUGAAUCUUUUUUCUCUCUUGUACACUUUGUUAUUGAUAUUGUUGCCCUUACAACUCGUUUUCUUAUUCCAUUGCUGUUUCCAGUAAAUUGUUCUUAUUGCAA